AUGGUGGGUACUACAUCUUCCUCAGCAUCUAAUGCAAUGUCGGAGAUGGGUUCAUCAUUGAAGCGUGGUUCGGGUGAUAUUGGAUGGGAAUAUGCGGAGUUGGCGGAGUUGGCGGAUGCUUCAAACUUGGAUAGGUUGAAGUGUAAGUUGUGUGGGAAAUUAGUGAGUGGUGGGAUAUAUCGAAUGAAUCAACAUAUUGCCCACAUCAAGGGAAAUGUGGCUCCUUGUAAAAAGUCUUCGGAUGAGGAUAAAGCCAAAUGCAAGAAUGCUAUUGAAGAGGCAAAGUCUAAGAAGAAACAAAAGAGUAGACAUGAAGCAGAAGUGAGGCAAGAAGUCAUUCUUGAAGGAGAUGAAGACAAUGAAGCGAGUCAAGGGACAAGAAGAAUGCCGCAUACUCUUAGGCCUAUGGACCGUUUUGCAUCCCCCAUCGAUCCGGAUUCUUCAUUGGAUGGAAGUAGGAAGAUGAGGCAACAAAAUAUCAAUGAUGCACUUUUCAAGCAAAGAACACAUAGUGUGCAUCAAUACUUGGCUAGAUGGGUGUAUGAAGCCGGGAUUCCUUUUCAUGUCGUUGAUAGUGAUAGCUUCAAGAGGUUUGUCGAAGCGGUUGGUCAAUUUGGCCCGGGUUACCGACCUCCAAGCCAAUACCAAUUAAGGGAGCCAUUAUUGAAGGAAGAGGUAGAGAGAACUAAAAGUUCAUUGAAGAAGCAAGAAGAAGAGUGGGCUUUGAAUGGUUGCUCUAUUAUGACCGAUGCUUGGAGCGACCGGAAAAGAAGAAGUAUCAUGAAUUUGUGUGUCAAUUGUGCGGAAGGCACAACUUUUCUUUCUUCUAAGGAAGCAUCGGAUGAGGCACACACCAGGACGUAUAUUUUUGAAUAUGUGGACAAGUGCAUUGAAGAUGUUGGGCCACAAAAUGUGGUUCAAGUGGUGACGGACAAUGCUUCAAAUAAUAUGGCGGCGGGAGAUUUGAUGAAGUUGAAGAGGCCAAACAUAUUUUGGACUUCAAGUGCAACUCACACCUUGAAUCUUAUGCUUCAAGGAAUUGGAAACCAACCUAGAUUCAAAUGA